CUUGCAACACGCAGUCUACGAAUCAGAGCUAAUACCCUACCACUUCUGACUUCUUGCUAUGUAAAGGAAAUUCAUGUGAAAGCUUUUUCCAUUCGCAAAGAGUGAAACGUUAAGAAAAGAAGUUGUAUCGUUUAAGGGUUUCACAUUGAUAACGAUAUUUCGCGAGAAAAGUAGGAGGUUUCGUUGUAAGAACGGUGUGGGAAUAAGAAAAUAGAAGACAAAGAAAAAAAAAACAAACAAACAAACAAACAAACAAACAAAAAAAAAAAGAAAGGACAAAAAAGUGCGACUGUUCUCUUCUUUUUCACUUUGCAAAUUAUUAAAAAUCUAUCGUUUUUGCGUUAAGUGUUAUAACGUGUCGAACGUGACCGAAGAGUGAUAGCGACACUUCAAAAAGAGUUCUCCAAAGAGUAUAUUCAUUUUCAAUGAAAAAUAUGAAGGAAGGAAUGAAUUUUUGGAUUUGUACUUCGGCUAUUUUAAUUGUUUUCGUAAUUUUACCAUCUACGAGCUACUCUCUUACAACUUUUGGAAAGACCAAUUCGCAAAAUCAAAAUCAAAAUCCACCACCGCCUCCUACUCCGGUAGGAAAGGCGCGAGAAUGUAGAUCAGAAUCGGAUUGUGCUGGAAUUCAAAAUACUACGUGUUUGGCCGAUCAAAGGGAUGGAAAGACUCGUUGUCUUUGUGGUGAUUACAAUGCUCCUGUAAACGGUGCUUGUACCAACAAAUACAAAGCUAUCAGGGCAUCUUGCAACGAUGAUAAUGAAUGUAUCGAAGGGGCGCAUUGUACCGUUAAAGGAAAUAACACUACCUCCGGAAAACGUUGUUAUUGUCGCGAAGGAUACGUCGAGAAUAAUUUGAUGUGCAGCGGCUGUUCAUCCAUCUUCUCACUUUCCUGGAUGAUAUUUCUUGUUACAACGUUGCUCUUAGGAAGGAUUAAUUAUUUAUAAAUCCUUCGAUACGUUUAAAAGAAAAUUCUUGUAAAAUGUAAUUAUUUAAAAAUCUUCAUUUUUCUUUUUGCUUAAUUACAAUGACGUACUUAUAUAAAAGUGUCAAUAGCGAUUGACGAGUUAGUGAACAAUUUUUUUUUUUUAAACUCGUACACUCGACUAAAAAAGAUAUUAAAUAUUUGGUACCUUCUGUACGUUCCACGUAUAUUAAACAUUUUCCAAUAUCAUAUUUUCAUCUGAUUCGAUUUACUUAACGAAAGAAUGUAUAGAGUUUUUUUAUUUUUUCUAACGUAUUUCAUUACGUUUAGUUACAGUCGUUAGACGUAUUAAACACUCGAUGCAUCAUAUUUCUAUAUUAACAAAACUUUGACUAGCGAAUUCGUUUACAUUAGGAGCAACCAACUCAAUGAAAUAUGAAUUUCAGAUGAAAAUAAAUUCAUUAGUAUGCGAUCGAUAAGAUGUAAGUCACAAAAUGUGAAAUAUACGACACAUCACCGAAUUUUCUUAUUACGUAUCGAAGUGUGCUCAUGAAUCAAAAAAAAAAAUAUAUAUAUAUAUAUAUAUUUAUAUUUACAUAUAUUUAACGACGUACGUGAUUCAGACUGUAUUUAAAUAGUAGGUUUCAAAUUUAUUUAUUAUCUAUAAUAUGCAAUUUAUUUUUACUAUGACAUGAUUAGGCUUGAAUUAAUAAAUUAAUACGUCUGAAAUUCUUUAAUAGAAUUUAUAGAAAAAUUAUUCUCUAUUGUCAAUAUUUUAAUCUCUGGAGUAUAUCUACACUGAAUAAUAGUACAAUGUGUAUUUUCUAUCUUGUUCUUUACUUAAAAUUAGUAGUAGGCGUGAAGUCUGCAUAUGCCAAUGAUGCCUUAAUGUACCAAAGAUAUUGCACUAGAGGAAUAUCGUUAAUUAUUUAAGCUAAUGCAUAUAUUAAAAGAAGAUAUAUAGUAUCGAUGAUCGCAAUAUUUACUUUAGUAUUAGUGCCUUUUGUAAAGUUUGUAAUUUGAUAAUGAUUUAACAAAUUUAUGACACACACUCUCUCUCUCUCUCUCUCCUCUUCGAUUAUGUACUUACUUCGAUUUCUCAUGCACGAAUAAAUUUUGAAAUCCUUA